AGGUCUGUCGUGUGACGUUAUAGGCAGGGUGUUUGUCUAACAGGUACAUUUGUGUAGAUAUUUUAUCUGUCGUAAAUUAGCACGAUGAAAAAAAAAUAUAUAUCAAUAACUGAAUUAGCAUAUAAUAGCUCAUAGUAAUGGCCUAAAUUAAGGAAAGCCUGGAUGAGCGAGUUGUAAAUAGAGGAUUAAAUAUUCAGUUUUUCACUACUUUCGAAGCGACAACACCGAGGACACAAGUUGUGUCUCCUGCUUGAGAAAUGCCAGACUUGGCAGAGAUAUGUAUUGGCAUGCUGUCGCUGCUCCCCCUGGCUUGGGCCAGAGUUGUCUACAACCACAAUGAAGUGUUCCUGGGACAACAGUCUGCGUCCUCGUACCUGUCUCGCUCGCUGCUCUGGAACAAAUGGGACCUGGAGCUGGUGACGCCAGGCAACCUUGAGAGGGAGUGCAUGGAGGAGGUGUGCACCUACGAGGAGGCCAGGGAGGUGUUUGAGGACACACCCCAAACGAAUGUAUUUUGGGAGACAUAUACCAGCAAUCACGACACAGCGCCCAGAGUGGAUGUGUCGGGUCUAGUGGCAGGGAUCUUGGCUAUUCUAGUGUCUGCUGUCAUAUCCACGGUGCUGGGCUGCUACUGUUACAAGAACAAGGCUGGUAGGACGGCAGGCAGUGCUGGCCAGCCUGCCCCAGAGACAGUGCCUCUCGCUGGGAUCAUCGCCCCAGGACUGCCCUCCUAUGGCGAAGCCCUGAACAGCAGUGGGCAGCAUGACGCACCCCCGCCACCUUACUCUGGGGGGGCACCAUCAGAACCUCCUGACCCAGUUGACAAUACUGAGAUUACUGCUAAUACUGAGGACACUGAGUGAAAAGGAGGGAUGGGCAUUUUUAAAAAGGGGCAUUCAUGAAGUGUGUGUGUGUGUGUUACAAGCUUCUUCAGUUGGAGUUCUGGACAGUUAUAAGUGAGCACAGCUGUGAACAUUUCCAUUUCAUUUCCUGUGAGUUGUUGAAAUAGACAUGGUAUAUGUCCAUAUAAUAGGAGAGCAUUUCAAUCCCUGUACUGAUUGAAAUUGGGAUGUAAUUGACACAGUUCUAGUUUUUAGGACUUUUUUUUUUAUUCAGGGGAAGAGGGGAGUUCAUGGGGGCAAGGCUGAAGGAUGUUAUAGAUAGAGAAAUUAAGGGAAUGGGAUGAAGACUUGUUAAAAGGUUACCUGUGAGAAAGAGAAGCAAUCCCUUGAAAGUUACAUAUCUUGAUUGCUGACAGUCCCCAAAUGUUUUGCUUAUGUCAACAAUGGACUAAUGAAACAAAUUAUUGUUUUAGGGUGGAAUUUCCUUUAAUAUGUAUAAACUAGCAGCUGCAUGUUGUCUAAUGUUUGUCUUAUCUCAGUUGCUUCUAUCUGUAUUGUUACAUGACAGACCACUCCGAACUUGUUUAUAUUUAUACACAUUUCUUAUUAAAAACAUUUUAAUAAAAUGUUUUGCACCUGG